AGGCUAAAUUCAACAGAAUUCAGAAGAGGGUCCAAAUUUCAAUAAGAAAACAAACCAAAAACCGAACUAUUGUGCUUUGCCCUCUUCUGAUCUUGGCGUCAUAUCGUUCAUAUCAAUUACUCGUCUGCAGCUGCAUCCAGUAAUCAGAUAUUUCUACUUCAUCUCCGGCUAUUGGUGUUCAUUUUUACAAACAACACAAGGAUUAAGCAUCAUGGCUAAUUCAGAAGAAGAAAAUUCGUUAUUUCCAAUUUUCAUUUUGUCUAUGAUCGCCUUGCCAUUGGUUCCGUAUACCAUACUGAAGCUAGUCCGUGCUGCAUCAAAGAAAGCAAAGAGCAUACACUGUGGCUGUUCUGAUUGCGCUCAAUCAGGGAAAUAUCGGAAAUCUGUUUUUAAACGGAUGGGAAAUGUCUUAACAUGUGGUAACUUCACUCUGGUGCUGCUAUGGGUCAUCACGGGAUUUCUUGUUUUCUACAUUAAGAACAUGAGCCGUGAGAUCCAAGUCUUUGAGCCGUUCAAUAUUCUUGGAUUGGAGCCCGGAGCAUCAGAUUCUGCAAUUAAGAAGGCAUAUAGGAGACUCUCCAUCCAGUACCAUCCUGAUAAAAAUCCCGACCCAGCUGCCCAUAAGUACUUUGUCGACUCCAUAUCCAAAGCUUACCAGGCUCUUACAGAUCCAAUCUCACGAGAGAACUUUGAAAAAUAUGGUCAUCCUGAUGGUAGGCAGGGGUUUCAAAUGGGAAUCGCUCUUCCUGAGUUUCUUCUCAAUAAUGGUGGCACAUCUAGUGGAAUUUUACUGCUUUGGAUAGUUGGUAUCUGUAUAUUGUUGCCACUUGUUCUGGCGGUUAUAUAUCUGUCUAAAUCUUCAAAGUAUACUGGAAAUUAUGUAAAAAAUGACACACUGGCGGCCUAUUACCACUUGAUGAAACCUUCUUUGGCUCCUAGCAAAGUCAUGGAGGUCUUCGUCAGGGCUGCUGAAUUCUUGGAAAUUCCAGUACGCAGAUCUGAUGACGAACCCCUUCAUAAACUCUUUAUGACAGUAAGAGGUGAAUUAAAUCUAGACCUUAAAAAUAUUAAAAAGGAACAAGCAAAGUUUUGGAAGCAACACCCUGCACCUGUUAAGGCAGAACUGUUGAUUCAAGCGCACUUAACUCGUGAAACGGCAUCAUUGACCCCAGAUCUGCAACGUGAUUGCAAACAGGUGCUUGAAUUUACACCACGUCUCCUUGAGGAACUAAUAAAGAUGGCAAUCAUUCCACGCAAUUCUAAGGGGCAUGGCUGGCUUAGGCCUGCAGUUGGAGUAAUUGAACUCUCACAGUGCAUUGUUCAGGCUGUUCCUCUUAGUGCUAGGAAAGCAGCUGGAGGAUCUGCUGAUGGAACUGCUCCAUUUCUACAGCUUCCACAUUUUAAUGAUGAUAUAAUAAAAAAAAUAACGCGAAAGAAGGUGCGAACUUUUCAGGACUUUGAAGACAUGUCUGCUCAAGAGCGUGCUGAGCUUCUCUCUGAAGUAGGCGGUUUAUCUCAAUCUCAAGUAGUGGAUGUGGAGAAGGUGAUGGAACUGAUUCCUUCCCUGACGGUUGAAGUUACUUGUGAGACUGAAGGAGAAGAAGGUAUACAAGAGGGUGAUGUAGUUACAGUCAAGGCUUGGGUUACCUUAAAGCGCACAAAUGGCUUGAUCGGGGCCCUUCCCCAUGCUCCCUAUUACCCAUUUCACAGGGAAGAGAACUUCUGGUUGUUGCUAGCAGAUCCCAACUCAAAUAGCGUGUGGUUCUCCCACAAGAUCAGUUUCAUGGAUGAGGCGGCCGCAGUCAGCGCUGCUUCCACAGCAAUUGACGAGAGAAUGGAAGUUCUUGGCGCCAGUCCAAAGGAGAAAACUGCUGCCAUAAGGGAAGCUGUAGAGAAAGUAAAGAGCGGCUCUCGGCUUGUAAUGGGCAAGUUCAUGGCCGUGGCAGAGGGCAAUUACAACCUGACUUGCCACGUGCUGUGUGAUUCGUGGAUUGGCUGCGAACAGAAGUCGACACUAAAGCUGAAGAUUCUGAAACGGACACGCGCUGGUACUCGAGGCGGGCAGUUAGGCGAUGCAGGCACUCCUGAGGAUGGUGUCGAAGAGGAAGAGGAGGAAAUCGAGGAAGAGGAAGAUGAAGAUAUCGAAAGUGAGUACAGUGAUGAGGAGGACGAUGAACCUGUAAACAAGAAAGGCGUCGCCAAUGGCAAAGCUGGUAGGAAGAAGGGCAAGCAGUCUAGUUCAGAAAGUUCAGAUGAGGAGUGAGCUUUUUACUAAAACAUACAUAGAAAAAUUUCACUGGUUUUUGUUACCUCGGAUUAUAGACUAACAUGGUCCAUUUUUUCUAAGCAUGUGGAUUGAGUUUACGGUUGAAACUAAAAAAGAUACAAACUUUUCCAUAA